GACAGGCUGUGUGGGUUUAAAAUAUACUCUGUUAACGACAGCGUGGAAUAUUCUGAAUAAAAACAAUUUUUAUAAUACCUAAAUUGAUGUAGAAUUGGGAGUCGUGUAGUGUACCAAUAAUUAAAGCCUCAUUUUAACCUACACAUGGCGAUUUCGAGCAGGGCAUUUCAUUUUCUUCCUGAGAUGGGUUAAGAAUCUUCCAUCUGUGAAACCUCUCCCUUUUCCCAGCCAGCGGGAGGCCUGCUUGCAAAUUGCCCUUUUCACCUCGAUUUCAAGCUCGAGCGUAAUCUCUGAGGAGAAAAAUGGAGGGAGAGAGCUCCCGCCAAGCCGACAGCCACGCCGUGUCCGAGCCCGAUCCGCUGCGGCCUCCGACUGCGUCCUCCGGCCGGAUUCGCUCGCGGCCCGACAGUUUUCUGAUAGCUUGCCGAUGCUUUAGCUUCAUAACCUCUCUGGCUGGCAUUCUCUGCAUCGCUGUUAAUGUUCUCUCCGCCGUUCGAUCUUUCAGAAACGGAUCUGAUAUAUUUGACGGAAUAUUCCGGUGCUACGCGGUGGUCAUAGCCGUGUUUGUGGUUGUCGCGGAGACUGAGUGGGGAGUAAUUAUGAAGUUCUCAAAGGUUUUGGAAUAUUGGGCAGGCAGGGGAAUGCUGCAGAUCUUUGUUGCAGUCAUGACAAGAGCUUAUCCAGAGUAUUUGAGAGACCGCCAAGAGCUUUUCCUUCUACAAAGCAUUGCAAGCUACCUUCUCCUUGCAUGUGGUGUGAUUUAUGUGAUAUCAGGAAUAUUGUGCAUUGGUGCCGUCAAGCGUGCUCGCCAGAAAAGAGAACUUUCCAGGGACCAAGCAAUAAAGGAUCUCGAGGAUCUUGAGCGACGUAGAGAAGAACUCGAGUCAUUGUUGCUCGAGGAACAUGUUUGAUCUGUUGUUCAUCUGUGGUCAGAGGCAUCCAACUAUUAACCCUGGUUUGAGGCUACAUUUGGAGGUUAGCUAUAUAUUUAAGAGCCAAUGCUAAUCCAGAAAUUGAUUUUUUUUUUGGGUACAGUUCAGAGUUAGCCGAACUUUUAUGUCUGUUGUAUAAUGACAUAUAGUCGAAUGCUAGACCUUGCUAUGCUGCUAUAAUAACGGAUUUUCGUUUUGGGAACAAUUGUAGGGCUGCAAAAUAUUUUUACUGAAUUUUUUGUGAUGUAAUUUCUGUUAUUUGUACGCUGGAGUUCUAACUCGAUUGAAUGUUCAUUUAGUCCCAUUAUUUAUUAGAUCGGUCG